ACUAACUUUAGUUGGUUUUGUUCAUGUCAAACAGAUCCAGACUCAAAAAACCUGCUGGCAGCUUCCUGGGAGAGUUUAUCCAUCAGAAAAGACUGGGAUUAAAGAGGUAAAGACCCGAUGAAACACUCACAGUAUGCUAAUGCUAACAGGAAAUGGCUAACAGGAAGUGGUUCUCACAGCAGUGUGGAGAUGACGGAGGAGGAAGUGGAGAGCGCGUUUACCCAGUUUGCACUGGGGUUUCACUGCGACCAGUACACGCUGACACAGCGGCUGCAGGCGGAGCGACACGACCGCAGCGUCGCAGUGGAGAACCUGCAGAGAGAGCUGAGACAGAGCAGAGAGAUGCUACAGGUGUUGUAUGAGCAUCUGCCAGAGGUGGACAGCAGUAAGAUGGUGCAUCAGAUGGUAAAUAACCUUCAGGUGCUGGAAAACAACAUGGACAAUGUCCUCAAAACAGCAGAGAUGCUUGGUGCUGCACACCAGGAAGCGCGAGUCAGUUAUGCAGUAGAGCUGAUGUCAGUGCACAUGGAGCAUCUGAAGAGACGCCAUGCAACAGUGAGCGAGGAGAUGCUGGAGGUCAGGAAGCUGCUGCACAGGAGGAAGGGCCGAUUACACAGUGACUCCACAAAUGACCGAGACCUGUUCAGACAUUCAUCACAACAGCUGACACGUCGCAGGGUCAGCAUCACCUUACUUCCGACUCAAUCUGAGGCACGUGUUUCUGGUUCAGUUUCCAGCGUUCAGUUCUUCGGGUUUAGCAUCUGAAUGUUUUCAUGAGUCUUUAUGUUGGUUUCUUCUCUGCAGUUGAAGCAUCUAGAGACGUCAUUUCUGGAGAGCUGCAAAACCAGUGCGUACUCAAAGAAGAGGCCUGAUACGCAAGCAGACAG